GAAGGGCUUCUCCCUUUGUUUUUCUUUCUUUUCCUCCCAUGUUGACCUAGAAUUAUCACAAUCUUGGAGAGGCUUACACGAUCUUUGAGUCAAACCAAUUGUGCCUCCAGCAAAAGCCUAAUUUUGUCCUGCUCCCUACAACAAAGCAAAUGGCAAUGGAGAUGAAUUUGUUCCGAAUAGAUUUAAGGUUGGCUCAUUGUUCUACAAGCGAUUGUGUAGAGAAAAGGGGUGGAUUGACUCUAUUUUGGAAUGAUACAUUUAACCUUCAAGUUUUGUCUUUCUUGCCAUCUCACAUAGACGUUGUAAUACUAGAUUCGGGUGGUUGUCAAUGGCAAUUAACAGGAUUUUCCGGCCAAUCAAAGAUUGCUUGCAAGGAUGAGUCAUGGACCUUUCUCAAAUCACCCAAGAUAGUUUCUCCUCUGCCUGGGUUGUGUUUAGGCUAUUUCAAUGAUAUCUUGAGCAAAUCAGAAAAGGAGAAGGGUAAUUUCAUAUUCCAGUCGGGCUAUGCGUGGGGGGUCAUAGGUGGCUUUUGGUGUGGAGAGCCAAAUUUACAUGCUAUGGGGGAAGCUGAUGGUGUUCUGCAAGGGGAGUAUGGUAUUCAAGUUGGGAAAGAGGCUCUAGUUCCCUUAAUGACUUAUGGUAGCAAGGGCCUGAAGAGGAUUGGAAAAGAUAAGACCAUGUUUGGGAGCACUUGCAGACGAAUGGGGUACCUUGUGAUUGCAUAGAGGAGGACCAUACCCCUCCUCUUGUCGAUUAUUUUUUAAGAAAAUAGAUUGGAUGGC